AUGUCGACUCUUCCCUCUAAAUCUGAUCACACAAACAUUGUCUGCUGUUCCAUUUACAUCCAACUCAGGCGGCUUCGCAGCAUAUACCCCUUCCUAAAGCAAAGGGUCAGGGCUUGUCUGCUCAACUGACAAGAGGUUGACAGGCGUAUUGGGACGCGGCCGGUAUACAUAACGGUCCACAUCCACGCAAACGGAUACUCUUGAAAAACUUUUCUUUGAAACAACUUGUUGGUUCAAGUCUUUGAUUCGUUCGCGAGCGGCAGAACCAAAGACAUGUGAUUGUGAUUUCUAUAUGUAGGAUCCCCCGGCACAUUUUGAUCUGCGUCAGGAGUCUCGCUCUUAGCUGUCAUCAGUCUCGACAUUUAGACGGUCAGUUCCUCGUUACUUCGAGCUUUUUCUCCGUUCGAGACGUCCAUAUUUGGCCAUGUAGCAUAAAAAUACGUGCUUUUUUAAGAGUUGGGGACUUUAUGGAAUGGCAUCGGCGGUGUUUGAGGGAACCUCCCUGGUCAACAUGUACGUGAAAGACUGCUGGGUUAACGGCAUCCGUAAGCUGAUUAUAAACCCACGGGGAGAGGAAGAGGAGUUCUUCGACAUACGGACCGAGUGGUCGGAUAGAAACGUCUUGUACCUCCACCGGAGUUAUGCGGAUUUGGGACGACUUUUAAAAAGACUUUUGGAAUGUUUCCCGGAAGACAGGCGAGAUUUGUCGAAGUCUCCGCUAAUAGAAGGUCUUAUGAAGAUUAAAGAGGCGAAGGACGCCGAGGUCAAGCUGAAUGAGGUGGAGAGACUGCUGAAGAAUGCCAUUAAUAUGCCUUGGAAGUUUUCCAGGUCAGAAGUCAUUUUAACAUUCUUUGAACGUUCGCCACUGGAUCAAGUGCUGAGGAAUGACAAAGUUCACAAGAUACAGCCAUGCUGUGGGAGCCCCAUCAAGAUAUCAGAGAUUAUGAGGUCAAAUGGGUUCUGCUUGGCAAAUACAGAGACAAUUGUAUUUGAUGAGAAUCUUCCUCAGGAUGAGGACACACCAUUCUCCACAGACUCAUUCCAGCAUUCGUAUGAUGAGGAUGAGAGUCAGUGUCAAUCUGUGGAACUGGACUUGAGUGAUGAUGACACAGAGGCAUAUGUCACCAACCUGUCCUACUACCACUUAGUACCCUUCGAGACAGACAUAUUGGAGUGAAAGGACAUUUUAUUGCGUGAGCAGAUGCUGAUGCUUUAAAUUUCUACACUCACAGUGCAAAAGCUGUUGUUCGAUGUCUCAUGGCUGCUCAUAGUUACGGCUGCUUACUAGCACUGUUUAUUAAAUGGCUAAAGACAUACUGUAAGUGGUGUGGAUACAGACAGUGCAUUAGGUAGGCAAUGCAUACUGUACAGUACCUGUCAUUGUAGCUUUACUGACCUGUGCCCAUGAGGCUGUUCUCACUCAUGUGUCUUGAAAAUCAAGACACAUGAGUCAGUUUAAUUACUGUGAUUAGAGAUGUGCUGUUAUUAAAGGCAAAUGAUUGAGUACAUCUCCAACAAAAUUAAACAUGGUAUUUGUGGCUUUGUGAAAAUGUACAGAAAAGUGUAUUUAAAAUAAUUAUUCUAUAUCAAUUAUGAUGCAAUAGACCCCAUUUACUGGCUAUUUUGAUCUGCCAAUAAGGGGUUAAGCAAAAAAAACCUUUGGACUGUCUGUGAUUUUUUGCAUCCAAGUAAAAAUCUUUUUUAGGUCUUUAAUACAAACAGUAUAGCAGGGUAAACAAUCCAAAAAUCCAUGCAUAAAAUAAGAAUAUAACAGAUAAUGUACUAAUCCUGAAAGAAACUGCGACCAGCCAUAGUAAAUCAUACAGCCAAGGUGUUUCUAGAAGCUAAUCAUAGAAUAUGAGCCGCAUGGUGAGACCCGGAGUUGGUAUGUAUGUUGGUAGAGGAUUCUGGGAUUUGGAGUUUCUGGAGAAAACUGUGAUUAAACUCAUGAUGUUAUUAAUCAUGAAGUUAAAUAAAGGAGAACUGAUAGAUAAUGAGUCUGAGAAAUCUCAAGAGAAGAUAAGACAUAAUGAGAAUGAUUAUGGAUUUGUGAAAGCAUAGUUAAAUUCCUGAGCCAGCUAUAAAUAAUAAGACUAGUUUCCUCAGUAUCACGGCAAAAUCUAAGCAUUUUUAUGUGAAUAAAAAUAUAUUUAUGAUUUCUGAAACCUACUGAAAGCUCUUGCUUCUGCUUUAUCUACAGGGUGAUAUGGCAGUGCUUUAGAAUGUAUUUGGGUUCAGCUCUAUCACCUGUACAAUCUACUCAAACACAUCAGUUUCCAAAACUAAGGCUUUCAUGCUGAUAAUGCUGUCAGCAUGUAGUAACAUCAUUUUCUAGCCAAGCAAGUUUGUGAUAGGUAGAAUGGUUGUUGCAAGUGAAAAGUGAAGGUUAUCAAUUUUUUGUUCGAAAUCGUGGAAAUUGUUUUGGAUUUAAACGCCACGGUGACGCACCAAAGCACUAACUUCUUACAAAAAAAAUAAAAAUAAACCUUUAAACAACAAAUUAAUACAGUGUUCAUUCGAAAUUAUUUAGGAUGUAUUGUUACCAGAGUCAUGUUCACUGUUAAAUAUUUAUAAUGUUUUGAAUAUUCUUGCAUCAUUUUGUUUUAUUAUUUUAUGUAUAAAGAAAUAAGAUUGCUUUUUUAUGCUUUUUUUCUGGACCCUGGCACAACAAAAGCUCCUAAUAAAUUAAUAACU